UAGAAAGAAAAUGAGACCCCAACCCUUCUUUACCACUUUAGCGGGGGUGAAGGAGGGGUUUACAUACAACCGAGGAAAAGUGGUUUAUGAUUGAAUCUCAGAAGAAUUCUUUUCAUUUGGUAAUCAGUCUAUGGCCCAUUUCGGGUUCACUCGGAGCUUUCGCAACCACCGUAGGAGGUGUGAUGUACAUGCACUCAUUUCAAGGGUGUGCAACACUUCUAACUUUGGGCCUUAUAUUUAUCCUAUAUACCAUAUUCGUAUGGUGGCGCGAUGUUCUACGUGAAUCCACGUUGGAAGGACAUCGUACCAAAGUCAUAUAAUUAAGACUCUGAUAUGGUUUUAUUCUAUUUAUCGUAUCGGAGGUUAUGUUCCUUUUUGCUUUUUUUUCUUUUCGGGUUUCUUCUCAUUCUUCUUGGCCACUCGCGGUAGAGAUCGGAGGUAUUUGGCCCCCAAAAGGGAUUGGGGUUUUAGAUCCUCGUGAAAUCCCUUUUCUUAAUACCCCUAUUCUUCUUUCAUCCGAAGCUGCCGUAACUUGGGCUCAUCAUGCUAUACUCGCGGGAAAGGAAAAGCGAGCAGUUUAUGCUUUAGUAGUUACUAUUUCUCUGGCUCUAGUAUUCACAUGCUUUCAAGGAAUGGAAUAUUAUUAAGCACCCUUCACUAUUUUGAAUAGUAUUUAUGGUUCUACCUUUUUCUUAGAAACUGGCUUUCAUGGUUUUCAUGUGAUUAUAGGUACUCUUUUCUUGAUCAUAUGUGGUAUUCGCCAAUAUCUUGGUCAUCGGACCAAGGAGCAUCACGGCUUUGAAGCAGCUGCAUGGUAUUGACAUUUUGUAGACGUGAUUUGGUUAUUCCUAUUUCUCUCUAUUUAUUGUAGACGUGGCAUGGAUCAAUCACGCGGUUCCACAGCGUCCUCCAACUUGCUGUCCGGUCCCUUUCACUUUCUUUCCUGGAUAGGAAGAUGUGAAUUUCGAAGGUCUUCCCACCACGUGAAGUUCACACCUCGCCGGAGAGAGAGAAGCGAAUUGAAAAUCGGUCUCAAAUUGCUUCGCAAUCGAAGGUGA